AUGACGGGAAACGAAGGAGAAACCAACGGGGCUGUGCCUUCCUUUGUUCUUCCACCAGUGGUACGUCGCAUUCUGGAUCAGAUCAAUAAGGACGGCGCCAAGAUCUACACCCAAGACUUUGAGUACAUUGAAGCAGUUGUGGCGGCCGAGUCCUCUCGGAGUCUGGCAUUUAACCUCCAGCAUUCGCUCAACCAGGCGUUCUUCAAGGUUCAGCAUCUCAAAUACAUGCUCACCGACAAGAAGGAAACCAUGACGGCCAAGGAACUGUUGGAUUUUCUGGCAGACCUAACUGUCACGUUGGAACAAUUCCGUGACAGCCAGCUGGCCACUAUGGAGCGGAAGCCAGUGUUGGAGAAAUUCCUCGAGGAAAUGGAAGCCACGGAACAGGAAAAGAAGGUUUUUUAUUUUGCCUUGGCGGCAAAGACGGGGAUGACGGAAUAUGCCAAUGAGUAUGUAUUUGAUAGAUUUGACCGGAGGAGAGGCAAAGGCUUGGCUUCGAUUCCUGCAGAAUGCAUCAAUCCGACAGUCCUCAACGAAGUAUUCAAUAUUCCUCUUUUGGAGCUGUUUGCAAUGGCAAGCAACAAGUCUAAAUUUGUGAAGGAGCAUUUCUUUGUCGAUUGCAAGGGUCAAGUUCUGCGAGAGAUUGUAGACACUACCUUGUUCAGUGUGGAUCCUUUUCUUGGGCUGGAUACCAUGACUAUCGACUCCUUUGAGGCAUUGGAGAGCGACGUGCUCAAAAAGGUCCUCCUGCAGGAUUCGGCCUUUUUGGAAACCAAGGCUGGAAAAGCUGUACUCAAAGUGAAGAACGUCGAGACGACGGUGCAACAGGAACCCCCUCCUGUGGACAGCAACGCAGCUUCACCCCCAGGGCACAUCAAUGGGUUAGAUUUUGAUAUCGUGCAAGCCAUACAAGCGGCAGGGGACAAUGGAAUUUACGGGUCCGUUUUGGAUAUCUUGUCUGCAGCCCGUGGAAACGGCCUCGUCAGCCCAUUGUCAUUCAACAAGGAUUCAAGUGGGGACGAGUGGACGACGGUUUCCCCUUCGAACAAGCUAGAUUCGGACUCCGAGACUGGGAAGAACGACGGGAAAGAGGAGGAUUUGCCGCAAGAGAACGAGUAUGGACCUUACAGCAGUGAUUUGAGCUAUUUGGAAGAUCAGGUACGAAUAGACUUGUACGCGUGCUCGUUGUGGUACAACCAUGCCAUCACCUAUAACCGAUUCAUCAUGUGGAACAACUCGUAUUCUCGUCUACUCUUCACGAAGGUCCGAAUAAUGGAACAGGCUCGUCUUUUGAACCGAAUGAAGCUUUCUCUCCAGGAAAACAAAUUCAAGGACGACCAGCUUCUCUUUCGGGAAAAGCAAGACCCGAAAAUGGAAUCUUUCAUGAACGCAUGCCAAGGCUUUUCGUUCUCGAAAGUCGGCCCUCGUCAACGACAGCUAAGUGAUGCCGAAAAGGAGGACAAGCAGAGAACCAUUGAACGGCUGACCAAGACGAAUAUGAAGUUGCAAAACCGCGUCCAAACCCGUAUCGCAGCAACUCUUCAAAAGAAAGGACGGAAACUGCGACUCGAAACAAUUACAAAGGCGCUUUCUCUUUCUGAAUUCGAGAAGUAUGUGAUCCUUUCGUUGCUCAAGUCUGUCAUCGUGCCCGUUGAACGCAACGAAGUCCAAAAGCUUUCAGCGUCUGUUGGCGAUCUUAUCAGCUCCUUUUGUGUCUCGCUGGAAUCCAAGAUGACGCACCGCCGCUACUUUUAUCGUUCGGGGACUCUCUUGCGGGAAGGCAUCAUCAAUAUCAGUCAACCUGGAAUCAUGACUGACCUCACAGCUUGCAAUGUGGAAUUAGACCGUCGCAUGUUCGACUUUCUGGUGGCUCUUGACACGGAAUUUGGUGAACUCGUGGACGGGUCGCACCUUUACCUCCCCGACGUGUCGUUCGACGAUGUGGUGAUCCCAGAGGAAACCAAGGAAAGGGUUCAUGAUAUUGUCAUGAAUAUGGACAAACUGCGAAAGGGAAUUCGAGAGUAUGAGGUGCAAGACAAAAUCAGUUAUGGGCUUGGUCAAGUUCUCUUGUUUCAUGGAAAACCUGGGACAGGAAAGACAAUGUUGGCAAACGCAAUCGCCAACAAAGCAAACAAAAAGGUCCUACUCGUGAAUUUCCCCGCCUUGGGGGCGAAUUCCGCCGGAGCGAUCAUCAAGAUUCUUUUCCGAGAGGCCAGCAUCAAUAAUGCGCUUCUCUUCUUUGACGAGUGUGAGGCAAUGUGCCAAAAGCGCGAUGAGAUGGGGAUCAACCGUACCGUGAACACCAUCCUCACCGAAAUCGAACGCUUUGAGGGCAUUUGCAUCAUGGCGACGAAUCGUCCUCUAGAGCUGGACGAAGCGCUCCAUCGAAGGGUUUCUCUGGCUGUGGAGUUUCGCAAACCCGACCACAUUAUGCGAGAGAAAAUUUGGAAGACUCUGCGACCUCCUAAGCUGCCCAUUGAAGACGACGUUGACUUUGGGUUGCUUGCCCGGAAGUUUGAAAUGUGCGGGGGCAACAUCAAGAAUUGCUGGAUUUCGGCUCUUUCCAUCAUGAUUCAGAACGAGGCAUCCGCAAUCAAACAAGAGUAUCUCAUGCAGGCUGCUGGUGAGCAAGUCAUCGGACAGCUCUCCAUGGACACGUUCGAUCGCCGUAUUGUCCCCACUCAUGGCCUCGAUUCGCUGGUUGUGUCCAAUUCGGUUCGAGAGUGCUUAAACGGAAUUGUCAAUGCAAAGAAGGCUUCUUCUGUUUUAUUUGGCACUUGGGGAUUCGAUACUCUUCACCGUGGAACUGUCGUAGGAGUUUCUGCCCUUUUUGUGGGGCCAUCUGGCGUAGGCAAAACCAUGGCUGCAGAAGCAAUAGGGUUCGAAGUCGGCAGUCCCUUGCUGGUUGUCAAUACUGCAGAAAUAGUCUCGAAAUGGGUGGGCGAGACAGCCAAAAACAUUGAAGCAAUUUUCGCCGAAGCCAAGAACAAAGAUGCUGUCCUGGUGUUUGAUGAAGCCGAAGGUCUAUUCGGGGCACGCACAAGUUCCAACAACGGCUCAACGAGCCGCCACGACAACAUGUCUGUGGGGAUGUUGCUCCAGCAUAUAGAGCAGUACUCAGGUAUUUGUGUGGUGAUCACAAACAUGAAGGAUGCAAUUGAUGACGCAUUCUUCCGCCGUUUCCGCUUUGUUGUUUCGUUUGAAGAGCCCGGUUUGGCCGAUCGCGAAAAGAUUUGGAAGGAAAUGGUGCCAAAGGCUUGUCCUUUGCAUUCGGAUGUCUCCUUCAAGGAGCUUGCCUCUCGUUUCGAGCUCAAGGGUGGCGAGAUCAGACAAGCGCUUAUGCGUGCUGCGACCAAGGCGGCCUUGCGAGAAGACGAAGCCAAGAGGAUGAUCAUGAUGGAGGACUUGAUCGAUGCUUGUCGUCAGGAACAGGAAAAGAAAGGUGACGGUCGUGCGGUUGUCAAUAUGUACAUGUAA